AUGUCUCGAAACAAAGAAAACAACCCGCUAUUCACGGCCCGACGCCAUGGUCCCUCUGCGUCCCUGGGAACCCACCUCUCGAGUGAAGACUUCUUCACCGACAGCAUCCUCGAAGAUUCGCGUAUCCCGUCCCCAAGUCCGCAAAAGCCUAGUCCUGCCAGAGCUCGACGCGCCAUCGGUUCGGGACGAGUCCUCCAAUCGACCAGAGACCUGGGGAACAAGUCCAAGCGGUCUUCACUCGCAGAAUAUACAGCGUCGCGGUCCACUCGCCGCCUACAACCGGUGCCGGCCCUAACCAGGAAGAAAAGUCCGAGUCCUCGACGAACGAACGACCCUUCGACACCCCCACAGUCCAGAGACGGGCCGAGUCUAACGAGUCCUACAUCGGAAUUCUCAAGCCCGCCCGGGGGUAUGACAGAUGUAUACCGCCGAAUUGCAGACGAGGAGGAUCUCGCAGCUACAGAAAGAGAAGUGGACACAGACGAGGACCAGCUCGAGGACAAUGGAGACGAUACGCUCGAGUUAGAUGUGGACGCAAGUGCCCAUGCUACAAAUGAAGCCGCAGAAAGGGAAACUCCAAGUCACAAGCGCACAUCACGCGAGUCGACACCGGUCCAGUCACCCACUACUGACGCUGCUGGAAAAGAAGCCAUGGUUGAUGAUCGUGUAGAGGUUUAUUCGGAACCGGCUACUUUGGACUUCGUACAGAACGAAAUGACGGAUCGGGUUCUCGCGGCAAAAUUAACUCCUCAUGUCGUUGAUCGUGCGAAGGAUAGGGCGCGGCUUGAGAGACUACGACAAAAUCGAAUACCGAUCGACUUCAAGCACAGUCCAAAGCCCGGUGGAAACACUCCAAAUGGCCAUGGCCGUCACGAUGAUAUCGCCAGCGUGGCCAAUCGGGGUCCGAUCAUAUUCAACAACACGAUUGCGGUCCCGAAAGCCUACUCCGACACCAGUGCCGAGUCCACACCCCACAAAAGAAUCAAAGCAUUCAGUCGAGCUACUAGGGCUGGCGCUCACAAAAAGGCUCCUUCUCAUGAUGACGGCAGUGAUACGCCUCCGGAAUUGAGGCAGAGAGAGCGGGUGGUAGCUUUCAGCAAGGCUACUCGACGGAAGAACAAGCCUGAUACAGAACCAGAACCAGAAUCCCCCGAAGUGGCGCCCGCACCUCGCCUGGUCGCCUUUUCCCGCGCGAAUGGACGGUCGCGUCCUUACGGAGCCCCUUAUGAGACAAAUGGAAAUGAACUGGGCACCACUGACCAGUCGACUGGAAGUGUUACUUCAGCACUGUCCGAACCUCUUCCCGAGCAUAAGGCAAGCUCUGAACCGAACUUGCAGGCAGCCCGCUCUUACCUUGCAAAGUGGCGUCAAGAUACGGCAGAGAAACGUGCUGUGAAAAAGCAUGAGCCGGUGGACGACAAUGACUCCCAUAUUGAUUGGGCUGCGGCAGCUGCAGAUGUUCCUCUGCCGUCCGUUGAAGAGAGUUCGACUCCUCGAGAAACUCAUCGAGAAACUCCUCCCAGAGAUGAGUGGCUUUCAUCGAUUCAGAAGCAAAGUCCGGCCGACAGGAUGCGCAGGUGGGAGAACGACUUUACGGGCCUUUCAUUCCAAAUUUCAGAAAGUCCUCCGGUUCGGUCGAGGCUCAACCCAAUCGACUCUCCGAGGGGGAAGGAAAUUGAGGACCUGGAAAAACAGGCGGUCACCACAAACAGACUGGACGAGAUUCGGGUGAAAGACCCUAGUGUGAGAGUGCGAAAGAGUUCUUCUUCACUCAGUCUACAAGACCGCAGGCAAGCCAACCCAGAAGCCUUGGACGCUCCAGGUGUAGAUCGGGCUACAAACAGUCAAGAGGAGAGAGUCGGGGACCGGAUUCCCGACACACCAGUGGUAGUCUACAGGCAAUCCAGCAGUAGCACGGAAAAGUCCAAAUCCUCUCAAAGGUCGGCCGCUGGGUCUCACAGCUCGCUUGAGCACCUGCAAAGGCUCGCACGUGCAGCAAGCACGACUCCAAAGUCAAGUCCACCUGCGCGAGGGCCGGUCAGCGAGACCCAGUUAGACUCUGAGACUGGGCCUGUUGUUUCGCUAUCUGGAUCGCAGGCCGGCCCGAGGGAACAGUCUCCGCCAGCGGAAAAGGUUGGGAUAAAGCCCUCGACGGUCAGCAAGGUGGCAGCAACGCCUAAGAUCGUGGGCGGCUGGACCGAUACGAUAUUGCCUGACACCAUCAAGACUGGGAAACAGACGCACAAGGCAUCCAGGUACAUGGAGACACCGCAUGUCAACGCCGGCGCUUGGAUCGAUACCCCGCUUGCAAACGGAAAUGGGCUCUAUUCAGCUCCUUUCCCGAACACCAUUGAGGAAGUUACCGAAGAACUCACAAAUGACAUCGCUGCAGCGGUUGACUCGGCGGAUGAAGACAGUCUCCCAGGCGAGGAAACCAAGGAGGUGCAGCAAAAAGAGCUGGAUGCCCAGCCCGCUGCAAAUGGGGCGAUGGUGAUUCCUCCCAGUGCGCUGACGAACGUGUUGAAUGAGGCAAAGCAGAAACGACUAGUAUCGCGCGAUAUCACGGACGUUCGAGACGAUACGCUCAACCUGGGUGACGCCACCAUCCAGUCAUUCGAAGACCUCCUUAGCGAUGCUGCCGACAUCACGGCCGACUUGACGAACCUCAUCAAGACUGGAGCGGAAGAGGAAUUCAUGAAGCAGCGGGAGCUUGAACAUGAAGCGUUGGGAGACUCUACAACAGCGGAGGUGGCAUUUAUCGGCCACCUAACCUCGAGAAUGGAACGGCUGAUGUCGAACCUUCAUGAAGCCAGGAAAGGCAUCUCCAGACUGGAGCAGAGAGUGUCGCACAGUCCGAGUCCACCAUCGAACCCCCAAGUCGGACAACUAGAAGCCCUCAUCGCUUCGCAGGAUCCGGAUCAGCCAUGUGCCGUCUGUGGUUGUAAUCAAGGCGUCGAGCUGCACAAGCACACGAUUGAGUAUGACUACUCAAAGUCGUUGUUUCCCAUGUCCUACUCCACCUUCACGGUUCCUAUCCCGCUCCUGUUCUACCCGCGGCGCAAGGAUCGAGGCCAACUCCUACCACGCCCGACAUGGCUCGGCUGGCUCACCAUCGCCAUCUGGACAUGGUACAUCAGCGAAUGCACGCUCUGCGAAAUCUACUGCCAUCCUCAGUAUGCAGAACGGUACAUCUGGCCUGCCCAUCCCGAGCCGGAGUUUCCUUUCGUCCUGCCCACGAUGCUGUGGCGGUGGGUUCAUUUGGACGCGUUCGCCCCUGGGCUGUUUGUGCCCGUUACGGGAGUGUUGGGGACCUUCUGGCGGCUUGUUGUAGCCGUGUACAGAGUCGUCGGCAUGUCUUUAGGUCUGAUUGAUGGGUUUGUGGACGAUACCAGGCCCAAUUCAACUCCCAGUGCCGUGGCAGAAGCGACCCGGUCUGUCCUGAACGUGGCCAAGAGCUUCGUUCCAACUAGCGGAGGCCCAGAUCUCCGCAUGAUGAAUGACGAGUUUAUAUGA